GUCUACUAUGUCUGAACUGUCCGACAAGCUUGCGCAAGAGUCCGCAAAUCCACAAUUCUCACGAAUGAAGUCUUUACAGAGAAAAACAAAGCAGAAGACAAGAGCUCGUGGCACGAAAAGAAAAACGCCAGAAAAGAAAGUUGUACACUCUGAAAAGGACGAGACAGUAAAGCCGUCAGAGGCUGCGGUAGCAUUCUCUCCACCGGAUGAUGAACAUAUCUCAGAAAUUUCUGAAGUUUACUUCACAAAUAAAUCAUUUGUAUGGCAUGAUAGCGGGGAAAAUGAGUUGGAAAAUCGUCUGGAAAAGCUUAACAAAAUAUUAUCGGAGAUCAAGGAGGAAAAAGUGCAGAAGAUCAAGGAUAGUGUAGCCAAAUGGCAGUCAAAGUAUGAAAAGCAUCUGCUAGAUCUGGAACAGGCUGUGUUGAGCUUUCAAAGGAAAUGCAAAUAUGAAAAAGCUGAUCUGAAUGAGCAGAUUAAUCGUGUUGAAGAGAUGUCCGAUAUAAAUGUUGCAGUCAGACACCGCAUAGAGAAGAAAUUGAGUGCAUAUGGUCACAGAAUGGAGUCCGGACAGACGCAAACAUUAUUUUCUAUGUUUCUGAACAUGCUGCGAGGAUUGCUAUACUGUAUGGCUCAGAUUCGCGAUGCUUUUAUGGGCACAGGAAACGACGCCUUAAAAGCGAAAGAUUCUUCGCAACUUGAAACCAGGGAAACAGAUGAGAAAACUUCACUUAAAAACGACAAGGAAGAACGCGCUGAAGUACGAAUGGACGAGAAGAAAACCAAAGCUGGAGUUGCAUCCUAGCCAAAGAAGAAUGAUUAUUGUACAGAUCUAUCGAGCU